GCCCGCCGAAAAUCAACGUUCUGGAAGCAUCACGGCCCAAACAAAACGGCCAGCACAAGAACGAGGCUGCGGGUUUCUGCCGCCUGACCAUGUCAUUACACGACCCCAUACAAGGACUUGCAGGAAAAUGACUGAAGCAACUGUCAACGGCAGCCCGGGCAACUUCGACCUCGAGCAGGCAAGAGCUGCACUGACCUCAUCGUCGACCAGUGCGCGGACCGCCCAGUUGCGGGGCAUUGACGAGAAGAUCUCGCAGAAGUCUCUCGACCGGACGUCCACCCUCGGCGUCCUCAAGGUGCUCUUCUGGACCCAUGCCUUCUACAUCGACCGACCCUCUCGGCAAGCAGUCCAACGAUGUCUCGUCUCGCUCUGCCAGAUAGGUGAUACCGAUAUCCUUACGCCCUUAGUCGCUGCAAUCCGCCAGGAAACGCAAAAACAAGGAAUUGCCCCGGACAGCGCAUUCGUGCUGGUGGAAUGGUGCAGCUUGUUGACUCAGAACUUUGCGGGGACACCGCUGUGGGACAAAUUCGGCAAGGACAUCGUGUCGGCAACCGCUGAUGGCCUGGAAAAGUGUGUGCAGCCCGCGGCGAAGAUCACUAUCGGCAGUUCUGCGCUGGUCGUCACGAGAAGGGGCCUCCGGAAGCUGGCAUCGGCGGACCUAAAGGCCGUCGAUGCCGCAAUUCAGUUCCUCACAGCAAAGGGAGCCCAGCCUGCUGCCAAGAACGCAGUAUUACUUGGUGCCAUAGCUGGUGUCUGCUCGCGCAAACCGGAGGCGAAGCCAGUCGUCGAGGGGCUGAAGAGUCAGUACUUCGCCUUCUACACCCGCGAGAUUGUUGGAUCGCGGACACCGGUCCCGCCCCACCUGGCAGACGGCCUCAGGGAUUUCUUUUCUGCCUUCGCCUCUCCCGAAGACCUCGACAAGGAAAUCUUCCCAGCGCUGGAGAAGGGCUUGCUGAGAGCCCCUGAGGUCGUGCUGAACGACCUGAUUACGCCCUUGGUCCAGUCGCUGCCCGGAUUCGAUCUCUCCAAGGCGCUGACCGGGCGCUUUGUCAAGCCCCUUCUAUCCAACAUCAAGUCAUCCAAUGCUGCGAUCCGCAGCGGUGCUGUGAACGCUUUCAGGGCGAUUGCGUGCAAAUGCCAAGACUUCGCCCUGCUGGAGACGGCCGCCGACGAAGUCCUUGGGCCACUGAAGUCCGGCAAGCUGGCCUCUGCUGACCACAGAGUCCUCCAUUCCGAGAUGCUCGUGGCUUUGCCUAUCUCAACAGAGAUUGCCAUGAAAGUCGCUGACGGUCUUCCCGCCAUAGUGGGCAAAGAGGCCAACGAGGCCGCUCUGAGCGCCGAGACGCUGGUUCUCAAUGCCAGCACCGUCACUUUUAUCCGCGGUGAUGGGGUGCCGAAAACGCUUCUGGACACGUAUGCGAAGGGUUUAGCGGACAAGAAGAUUCCAGUGCGGCGAAUCUGGAUUCUCCGUGUGGCGGACUUACUGCGCAGCUUUGCUGAUGAUACUCAAGCAGACCUCCCGAAAGGGGCCGUGACCUUUGCGGAAACCGUCGUCCCACCACUUCUUUCCACAUUCAACGAGGUCGUGGCGAACCCAACAGCCACGGCUCAGAGCGGACUCGUCACAGGUGCUCUGGUCGUCUGUGGUCUUGGACCCCUCCUCGGUCAACUCGACAGUGCCAGCAUCCAGGCCCUGCUGAAGAAGGCCUCGAUACAAAAGAACAGCUUGGCGAUAGAGCCGAAGUCGUCGUAUCUCCUCAACCAGCGGAUAUACAGCAAAUUCUCUGAAGAUGACCUCAAAUGGUUCUGCCGUGCUCUCUCCGUAAUUGUUCCCGCUCUCGUCUCGACCACCCCGGCGGUCAGGAUGGCGUGGGCACAGGCCUACAUCUACCUCAUCUGCUCAGUCACCACUUCCCCUGCUGUGCGUCGGCUGGCCAUCGACUCCCUAUCCAACCUCUGUAUUCAUUCCGCAGGCGCUGAAGGGGUCUCAGUUGCAUCCGAGGUUAUCAAUGGCAUGUGGCACUGGAUUGAAGCCACUGAAACGGCCGAGAAGGAGAGCGCGGCUGCGUUGGCAAAAUCGGGCACCUCUAAUCUGCACCUCGUCCUCCAGUCGAUCUGUUUAAGCUCCAAGGAGUUUGCAGACCGAGCAGGUUCUGAUCCAGACAAGGCCCAACUCGAAGCCCGGAUGUGCUCCCUCCUGGUGCUUGCCAAGCCGCAGCUUAUCCCGCGGGCGAACUGGAUUGAUCUCUGCUUGAGAGUAGGGUUAGAUCCCGGUGAGCUGGCUAGGCAGCACGAGGAGCCCUUGAUCCAGGAGAUCGUCGCGCGCACUCUGUUCGAGCAGAAGUUGGAAUCUGUCAAGUCAGCAGCUUACAGCGCGGCCGCCGAACUUGUAUUUGUCGCCCCCGAGUCUAUGACUUCACGCAUUGUUGCCCUCAUCCAACAAAAUCUGGACGCAUCCCAGCUACAGUCGAUUGGCCCUCUGGAGGCCGCCAUCUUCCGCACUCCGGAAGGGACGGCAUUCGUCGAUGUUUUGGCCAAGAAGCAGAACGCGGUCCCAAAUAAGAACGUCAAGGACUAUGACACGCUGAAAUGGGAGGAGGAACUCAGAGCACAAUUGGCAGCGAAGAAGGGUACGCAGAAGAAGCUCACGGCGGAUGAAACGGCAAAGGUCAAUGCCCAGCUUAAGAAGGAAGCCGAGAUUCGCGAGAAUGUCCGGCAGGUCGCGGCCAAGUUGUUGCGCGGCUUCGGCAUUGUCAAGGCUCUUGCUACUGGUCCGCCCAGUAACGCCAGCCGCUGGAUUGGUGCCGCUGUUCAGACUACUCUGGCUGCCAUCGAUGCGGGCGCCUCUUUGAUCACAGGCGACACUGGGCCCAUGGCGUUUAUCUCUUGCGCUGACCAAGUCACUUCGCGUCUCGGAACGGUUCGCCCGUUUAUCAGCGUCGCCACGCUCCGAGCCCACGAGGUUUCCGCCCUUCCUCACCACCUGACACAGGAGCCAUUCGAGGAUCUCGUUACAAGAGUGCUCUACCGCCUGCGCUUUGCGGGAGAACAGCGGGCUUUUGACACCGUCACGCUCAUCUACAUCCUCCCCCUUGUUCUGCUCGUUCUCGAGAAGGGGGGCUUCGGUGCCAACGCCGAUGACAAGGACGCCCAGCUGGUCCUCGCCAUCGAGAUCCUCUCCUUCCACACAGAUGCAGCGGCAGAUGAUGCGAUCCCUCGGGGCGAGAUCCUGUCCGCCCUCAUCUUGUCGAUGCAAAGAUACAGCCAACACUACAAGAUUCUCAAAGACUGCUUUUCUGACAUGGUCCGUUGCGUUGCUCCGAACAUGAUCCCUGAAGAGAUUGCCGUCCUCGCCGGCGGCACCAUUGUGCCUCAGGCCAGCGUGCGGACCGCGGUGCUACAAGCAAUCAGCGCGGAGGUCGACAUGAGCGACGUCGGCGUGUCAGAGGAAAUCUGGCUGGCCUGCCACGAUGAUAUCGAAGAAAACGUCGAUCUUGGUCGGGAGAUCUGGGAGGAGAGCGAAUUCCAGACCUCUGAGCAACUUUCUCACAGAAUGUUACCUUAUCUCCAGAGCAAGGACGCCCAGCUCCGUCGCGCUGCCGCAAAGUCGCUCGCCGAGUCAUCCAGCCAGCAUCCUGCCGUCAUUGCUUCAGUUCUCGAGGAGCUCCGGGCGUCGUACGUCGAACUCGCCAAGCCGCGAGUCCAAGAGCUUGACGAGUUCGGCAUGCCCAAGAAGAUGGACCUGUCAGACCCCUGGGAGGCGCGGCAAGGGAUUGCCCUCGCCUUCAAGCAACUUGCUCCUCAUUUGGAAAAGCCGCAGCUCGAACCCUUCUUCGAGUUCCUCAUCGAGCAGGGUCCGCUUGGAGACCAGAACGCAGCGGUGCGUGCGGAAAUGCUCGACGCAGCUAACACGACCAUUGAGGUGCACGGAAAGAGCAUCCUCGAUCGGUUGAUGAAGACGUUCGAAAAGACCCUGGAGGCGCCUGACAAGAACUCUCAGGCGGCUGACCGCGUCAACGAGGCCGUCAUCAUUAUGUAUGGUGCACUCGCGCGGCAUCUGAAGCCUGGAGACAAAAAGAUCCCUGUUGUCAUCGAGCGACUGCUCGCAACGCUGAGCACGCCGUCCGAGGCAGUCCAAUACGCCGUUGCAGAGUGCCUUCCGCCGCUUGUCCGGACUUGCGGUGACAAGUCGUCCAAGUACUUUGAUCAGGUCCUCGAGACAAUGCUCACAUCCAAGAAGUAUUCUGAGCAACGCGGCGCCGCUUACGGCUUGGCCGGUCUUGUGAUGGGCAGAGGCAUCAGCGUCCUGAGGGAGUACCGCAUCAUGAUCACGCUCAACAGCGCUCUGGAGAACAAAAAGGAGACCCAUCAGCGUGAGUCGGCCAUGCUUGCCUAUGAGCUCCUGGCGUCCAUACUCGGCCGCCUUUUCGAGCCGUAUGUCAUUCAGAUCGUGCCACAGCUGCUUGCGGGCUUUGGCGACGGUAACGCCGACGUGCGGGAUGCUUCCCUGGCAGCGGCCAAGGCAUGCUUUGCCUCUCUGAGCUCGUAUGGUGUUAAGAAGAUCUUACCGACACUCCUCGACGGCCUGGAGGAAGACCAAUGGCGCAGCAAGAAGGGCGCGUGUGACACGCUCGGUGCAAUGGCUUAUCUCGACCCUCAGCAGCUUGCUCAGAGCUUGCCCGAAAUCAUCCCACCCCUGACGGCUGUUUUGAACGACAGUCACAAGGAGGUGCGCGCGGCCGCCAACAAGAGCCUGAAGAGGUUCGGCGAGGUCAUCACCAACCCGGAAAUCAAGGGUCUUGUAGAUAUCCUGCUCAAGGCGCUCAGCGACCCGACAAAAUACACAGACGAGGCUCUCGACUCGCUCAUCAAGGUUCAGUUCGUGCACUACCUCGACGCGCCGUCGCUGGCUCUGGUCAGCCGCAUUCUGCAACGUGGAUUGAGCGACCGCUCCAACACCAAGCGCAAGGCAUCGCAAGUCAUCGGCAGCUUGGCUCAUCUCACGGAGCGCAAGGAUCUUGUUGCACAUCUGCCAGUCCUUGUAGCAGGCCUCAAGACCGCUGUCGUCGACCCAGUGCCAACGACCCGUGCCACAGCUUCUCGCGCCCUCGGCUCUCUUGUGGAGAAGCUGGGCGAGGAUGCGCUGCCGGAUCUGAUUCCCGGUCUCAUGCAGACCCUCAAGUCCGAGACUGGCGCUGGCGACAGACUGGGUUCUGCCCAAGCACUCAGCGAGGUCCUCGCCGGUCUGGGCACGUCGAGACUCGAGGAGACGCUCCCGACCAUACUGCAGAACGUCGAGUCGCCCAAGGCCUCGGUUCGCGAGGGCUUCAUGUCGCUCUUCAUCUUCUUGCCCGUCUGCUUCGGCAACAGCUUCGCCAACUACCUUGGCAAGAUUAUCCCGCCUAUCUUGUCAGGUCUCGCCGACGACGUCGAGGCCAUCCGCGACACGGCUCUGCGGGCUGGCCGGCUGCUGGUCAAGAACUUUGCCGUGCGUGCCGUCGACUUGCUUCUCCCAGAGCUGGAGCGCGGUAUGGCCGAUGACAGCUAUCGCAUUCGUCUCAGCUCCGUGGAGUUGGUGGGCGACCUGCUCUUCAACCUUGCAGGCAUCAAGGCGAAUGUGGAAGGGGAAGAGGAGGACCAGGAUGUCACGAAGGAAGCCGGUGCGUCUCUUCGCGAGAUUCUUGGAGAGGAGAAGCGGAACAAGAUCCUUUCGGCCUUGUAUGUCUGCCGCUGCGAUACUGCCGGUGCUGUACGCGCUGCCGCGGUCAGUGUCUGGAAAGCCCUGGUUCACAGUCCGCGGGCUCUCAAGGAGCUUGUGCCUACUCUCACCCAGCUCAUCAUCCGGCGGCUGGGCAGUUCCAACAUGGAGCACAAGGUCAUUGCAAGCAAUGCCCUCGGCGAGCUCAUCCGCAAGGCGGGCGACGGUGUCUUGGCUACCUUGCUCCCCACACUCGAGGAAGGCUUGCAGACGUCGCGCGAUGUGGACGCUAGGCAGGGUAUCUGCCUCGCGCUCAAGGAGCUCAUUUCGUCUGCCUCUCCGGAGGCGCUCGAAGACCACGAGAAGACGCUCAUCUCAGUCGUUCGCACUGCUCUUACCGAUUCGGACGCCGAUGUCCGCGAGGCCGCGGCCGAGGCUUUUGACUCGCUGCAGCAGAUCCUCGGCAAGCGGGCCGUAGACCAAGUCCUACCCUACCUCCUCAACCUGCUUCGUUCCGAGGAGGAGGCGAACAACGCGCUCGCCGCUCUCCUUACGCUGCUUACCGAGACUACUCGCUCCAACAUCAUCCUGCCGAACCUCAUCCCUACCCUCAUUACGCCUCCUAUCUCAGCCUUCAAUGCCAAGGCAUUGGCUUCGCUGUCCAAGGUGGCCGGUGCUGCUAUGAACCGCCGGCUGCCCAACAUCAUCAACUCGCUCAUGGACAACAUUGUCAACUGUGCCGAGGAUGAGCUACGGGAAGAUCUCGAUGCCUCAUUCGACACCGUCAUUUUGUCUAUUGACGAGUACGAUGGCUUGAAUGUGGUCAUGAACGUGCUGCUGCAGCUCCUCAAGCACGAGGAUCACCGCAAGAGAGCUUCUACGGGCCAGCAUCUCGCCAAGUUCUUUGCGGCUGCCGAUGUGGACUACUCGCGAUACAACCAGGACAUUGUCCGCGCCCUGCUGCUUUCGUUUGAUGACAAAGACGUGGAGGUUGUCAAGGCGGCGUGGAGUGCGCUGCACGAGUUCACCAAGCGGCUCAAAAAGGAAGAGAUGGAGGCGCUGGUACAAUCGACACGGCAGACGCUCCUGCAAGUUGGUGUUGCCGGCCACAACCUGGCAGGCUUCGAGCUCCCGAAGGGUAUCAACGCUAUCCUGCCCAUCUUCCUUCAGGGCCUCAUGAACGGCACGCCGGAUCAGAGGGUCUCGGCCGCCUUGGCAAUCUCCGAUAUUGUCGACAGGACCGGCGAGGACUCGCUCAAACCAUUCGUCACGCAGAUUACUGGUCCGCUCAUUCGUGUGGUUUCGGAGCGCUCUACGGAGGUCAAGUCGGCCAUCCUUCUUACUCUGAACAACCUGCUGGAGAAGAUGCCCACGGCGCUCAAGCCCUUUCUGCCGCAACUGCAGCGUACAUUCGCCAAGUCGCUGGCCGACACCUCGAGCGAUGUCCUGCGGAGCCGUGCUGCCCGGGCUUUGGGCACGCUCAUCAAGUUUACACCGCGUGUUGAUCCGCUUAUUGCUGAGCUGGUCACGGGCUCCAAGACGACGGACGCCGGCGUCAAGACGGCCAUGCUCAAGGCGUUGUACGAGGUUAUCAGCAAGGCGGGCGCCAACAUGGGCGAGAGCUCCCGCAUCGCUGUCCUGGGCCUGAUCGACACCGAGACGGAUGAGCGUGAUAACGCGAUGACAAUCACCUAUGCCAAGCUGUUUGGCGCGCUGGUCAAGAACGUUUCAGCGGAUGUGGCUACAAGCCUGCUGAAGAACCGAGUGAUGACGCGCGACUUUAGCAAUUCGAGUAUCCUGGCGUUGAACGCGGUACUGCUUGAGAGCCCGAGUACCCUUCUGGAGUCACCCCUGGCGGACGACUUGCCGGAUCUUCUCUGCCAAGGGAUGGAGAGCAAAGAUCCGUUCAUCGUAGACAACUUCAUUGUCGCGACAGGCAAGUACCUCCUCAGCGACGCGCCCAAGUCUUUCGAAGCCACCAAGCCUAUCUUCGCGACUCUCGCCAAGAUCAUCCCGCCCGGCGGGCCGACCGACUCGCGUCGCCUGGCCCUCGUCACGGUGCGGACGCUGGCGCGCACGCACCCGGACAUGGCCCGCCCCCAUUUGGGCCUACUCGCGCCGCCGGUGUUUGCCUCGGUGCGCGACAUGGUGAUACCCGUCAAGUUGGCGGCCGAGGCGGCGUUUGUGCAGCUAUUUGCCGUGGCCGACGAGGAAAGCAAGGUGUUUGACAAGUGGAUUGCGGGGGCGGACUUCUUGCAGGCCAAUGUCAAGCGGAGUAUGCAGGACUACUUUAAGCGGGUUGCGCUGAGGCUGGGCGCGCAGGUUAGGGAGAGGCGGGAGGCGGAGGGAGGGGUUGGUGGGUUGGGGCUGUCGAAUGAUGAGGCGGAGGAUGAGAAGGAGAUUAUGGCUGUCGGGAAGGUCGAUGUUGGGGCGGAUGUUUUUACUGAGUGA